AUGGGAAAAGGCAAGUAGAAGGUGGAGUCAUCGGAAGAGGAAGGAGGAAACGAUUAUCAGAAGGAUGAUUUUGUGGUGGACUCGGAUGAGGAUAUCGAGGAAGAGGCAUAGGAGGAGUAAUAGAUAGGUUUAUGUUUAAAGUUAGGACGAGUCGUAUGACGCCGAGUUGUCAGACGACGACAUGGAAUUGAUAGAAGACAACAAGAAAUCGACACAUCAGAGGAGACUGUAGAAAAUAGAGAGGGAUGAUGAUGAAGUAGAAUAGGAAGAUGCUCCUGCAGAUCAGUUUUAGGAGCAAUUGUCACAGGAGCCGAUAGACGAGAACGAAUAAAAUGAGCUAAUAAACAAAUUGUUCGAUCCAAGUCAAAGGGAAGGAGCACUCUUGAACCAAAAUGAUGAAGAGAUAAUUAAAUAGGAUGUGCCUGAAUCGGUCCAAAUCACUUACAUGAAGAUGACAAAUGGGCAGAUAUUGCAAAACACAAGAGAGGAGGCCUCCGAAUAACAAUUGAAAUGGAUUGGAGAGAAGAUGGUGUCUCAGUUCGAUUUAAAAAAUAUAUCUGAAGUUUUGGUUGGAAUCAAACACAUUUUGGAGUUCUACAGGAAGGAGAACCUCGAUAUAAUGUACAUCUACACUUACAAACGUCACCUCAUAAACUCAGCUUUGCAAUUGGAACACUAUUGGAAAAUCCGGGAACUCGAUUAUGAGUGGGAACACUUCAGUAAUUUUAAGAACAGGAUAUAGAAGUUAAUUGACUCUAUUCCUGAGAAUUACUAGACACAGAAGAACACAGCCAACUUGUAUCUACAGUAGGCUAAGGAAAUCGAGGAGCUGUAGAAUUUGAAAGAUUACAUUGAUUAUAUAAUAUUGAAACACAAUUGCAAGAGGAUUGUGUUUUUGGAAUAGGAGUUGCAGAGAGAGAACUAGGAGAAGCAAUUGUUGGGUCAGACCAUGGAGUAGGAAUAAGAUUAGAUCAAUUCUAAGAGCGACUUGAUUAUGAAGGAGUUGUAGAAUCUGAGUUUGAAUGCCAGAAAGAAGCCUCACACAAAGGAGAAGGCCAUGUUGGAGUAUAUUAAAUAGAGAGUGGACGAGGCAGCCUUAAAUUUCUGUUACACUUCUGAUGAAUUCUUCAAUAAAUUGUAAGGGAAGAGUGUGUAAAUGGAGAGGAAGAUCAUUUAGGAUUGGGAUGAGUUAUUGAGUUAUCAAACAGAGACCGCAGAAUCCAAAUCGCAAGAUUCCAGUUCUGACUAUAUCAAGUUAUUACAAAAGUAUCUGAUGAUGGAACUCUAUCACCAUCCCUUCAUCAGGAAUUUCAUAAGUCAGAUUUAUAGGGAUCAUCUGCUCAUCUCAACUGAGCCUACUCAACUGGGUAACAGGGAGAUCACGGCUGUGAGUUACUUCUACCCAGUCAAGAGAAUCAGACAUAGACAAUACAAAUACAUGGAAGAUCAGACUUGGAUGCAGUGUCUCAGAGCGGAACAAUUGGGAUACAUCAAAAUUAAUUUUACAAUUUCCAAAGACAAAGAUCACAAAAAAGAAAAAAUCCCAAAAGACGAUAUUAUGGUCUUAUUGUAUGAUAAAUUUGUCAAGAUUGACGAUCAAUAGAAGGAACAAGAAAGCAUCUUGAGACUCAGAGAUCUCAUUCUCAGAGGUAUCUUGCAGGAAAUAUGGUAUCCCAUUUUGGAAAGACAAAUCAAAUACAAAUUGUAAACUAUCUCAUCCAAACAUAUUGUGAAGAUGUGCUAACAAAAAUUUAAAUAACUCAUUAACAAAUAACCUCACAUUAGUGAAAUUGGCAACAAUCAAUAAAUGUAAUAGACCACCAAUCCAGAUGUCAAAAUCAUGUCUCUGGUUAUUGGAUCAGAACAAACAGACAGCAAAGUGCUCAAAGCUUAUUCUCAGGAUUGCUCCAUCCAAAAGAAAUACAUUGGAAUGUCAGUCAUCGAUUAUAAGGGUGAGUAACAAACUCUCCAAAUCUUCAAUUAUUUGACCCAAGAUGAAAGGAGAACUGAAAUGCUGGAAUAAAUCAGAAAAGAAUAAGCUCUCCUGGACAAUUUCUUUGAGAAGUACAAACCAGAUCUUGUUGUCAUCUCAGCAAAUCACUCUGAUUGCUUGAAAUUAAGAGCUGAUUUGCGUAAGAAAUACCAGUAGACAACUUCCCCUUGGAUUACUUUGGCAGAUUCACAAAUCUCAAGGAUCUACAGUAUGAGUGAAAAGAGUAAUUUAUAAUUGCCAGACAUUCCUCAAAUCUUGAAAGAGGCAAUAUCCUUGGCCAGAUACAAACUUAAUCCAAUGGCCGAAGUCUUGAAUCUAUGGAGUGAUGCCAUUGAUAAGAAUGGUUGUUUGCAUCUCAAUUUACAUCCUCUACAAGCCAUGGUCAGUCAGCAAGUCUUGCUUGAUGCUUUAAAACAGACUGCCACUGAAAUAGUCAAUCAGGUUGGAGUUGAUUUGGUUGAUUGUACUCUACAUAAGCACUUUGCAGAUCAAAUGCAAUUCAUCAAUGGCUUAGGAAGGAGACAAGCCAAACAUCUGUUAACAAUGGUUAAAGGUCUAUUGAGUAAGAGUCUCUUCAAUAACAAUUACGAAGAUGAGAGACUCAUCUAUUCCAAAUUGGAGUAAGAUCAAAAAGAGUACAUCCAAAUCUAGAGAUAGGACAUCCUCAAAACUUAGAUCUUGAAGAAGGUCGUAUUCAAAAAUGUAUAGGGAUUCAUCAAAAUCCAGAGAGGUAUUUAACCAUUGGACAUAACCAGAUUGCAGAUCAAAAUGUAUUCUGAUGCUGUUCACAUAGCCAAAUGUGCUUUGGAAGUUGGAGGCAGAGAGGAUAGAUAGAAUACCAUUGUGAGACAAUUGAUGAGUCAACCUCAGAAGAUGGAAGAACUCCAAUUGGAAGACUGGGCAAAACAAAGAGAACAGAAGGAUGGAAGUGAGAAGUUCACUUUAGUAGCUCAAUUCAUGAAAGAGGAAUUGACAAAUCCUUUCCUUUAUAAAUUUGAUGCUGCCAAUAAGGAAAUGAGUAACUCAGAGAUCUUCUAUGCCAUCACUCAAGAGUCCCCUUACACUUUCCGUAAGAACAGCAUUGUCCAAGGAUAAAUAACCAAGAAAAUUGAAGGCAAAGAAAAGAGCAAGGAGUCCGAAAAAUUACUCAUAAAAUUAUCAGAUAAUGGUCUCUGUGGCACUCUACGCAGAGAUGAUAUGCUUUAACAGGAGUUCGGCAUCGGAUAAAUCAUUAAGACCUAUGUGAAGAGGAUACCAGCCACAGAAUACAAUAUUAAGAACGAUAGUCUGAACAUCCUUAUAAUUGAGUUGUCAUUGAAACCUGAUUGGUAACGAUGGGAUUAAGAGUAUUUGAAGCCACCCAAGUAUGACCCAUGGCCAUAUUCCAAUAUCUGCUAUGACGAUUACUGCAAUAAGGUCUUGCAAACCUUUGAUUAGAGCAAAUUCAAAGAGUUUGAUUAGCCCACUAUUCCUUAAGAUUAGAUGCCCAACAAAUAAAAACAACAGUAGAAGUUGAUUCUUAGAAACAUCAACCAUCCUAAGUUCAAGUAAGUACUCCUCAAAGGAGCUCUUGAAUACAUUGAAAGCUAGCCUGUCGGAGAAUAUAUCAUCAGACCUAAUCAAAGACUUAAGGAUCACUUGACGAUCACAUGGAAGUUCUAUGAAGGAGUUAUUUCUCAUCUCUACGUUUAAGAAUUAAAGACUGCUCAGAGUUACAAGCCUCAACUUGUUUUGAAUGGCAAAAAUUACGAAUCUUUUGAUGAAAUCUAUGAAAGCUACAUUACUCCAUGCAAUUCUCAUAUGGAAGCUGUCGUCAACAAUAAGAAAUUCCAUCAUGGCUCAAUGGAAUAAUUGGAAAGGAAGUUGAGAGAGGACAAGGAAAAAGAUGAAGAAAUCAUCCCUUAUGGUUUUUGUGUUACUGACAAGGCCCCCCAAUACAUCGUCUUGAUGUACAUGAAACAAAAGAAUAAGGUGGAGAAGGAGUACAUCAAAGUCAAACCAGAAGGCCUUAGUUUCCACUCUGUUAUGCAGAAUAAUCUUAAGGAUUUAACCCUAUGGUUUAAGAAGAACUUUAGAACCCAAGAGUAUAAGGAUUAUGUUAGAAGAACCAAACCACCUAUUCCUGAACCCAAUGAUAGAUUGAAUCAAUAUAAUUCAUAAUGGGAGGUUAAGAAAGAAAAAACCAAGGAGGAAAGAGUAAAACAUGAAGAAUCUUCUUGUAAGUAUAUUCCUAAUUACUUUAUAGACAAUGUCGUAUGUUCCAAAUGUAAUAAGCGUGGUCAUAAUGCAAAUGAUUGUAGACAAAUGAGAGACAAAGGCAGAAGUGGAGGAGGAGACUCUAAAAGUAAAUUAUAUUUCUAUCACUAGUGGGAUGUCAUAAUUGUGGUUAAAACGGCCAUAUCAAAAAGAACUGCCCCAAGUUAAACAACCCCAGGAGAGAAAGAAGCAACAGCAGGGAGCGGGAGAAGAUGUCUACUAAAAAGAACCAAUUCUAAACUAAAGUAGAAGACACUUAAUAAAUGGACUGGUGAUUUACAAUGGUU